AUGCUCUGCCUGGUCUUCCUGAACUGCGACGCUCAGCGCCAGAAAGGCGCCCAGUUCACCGGCGCCGCCGCGGGGCUGGUGCUGGUGGCGAGCGGCGUCUCCGCCACCGCGGUCUCAGGCGGCUGCCUGAACCCCGCGGCGGCGCUGGCCAUCGACCUCGCGGGGAAACGCCUGGGCUUCGGGGCCAGCCUGGGCUACGUGGCCCACGAGCUCCUCGGCGCGGCGGCGGCCGGCGCCCUCGUGAGGAUCCUGCGGCCGCCUGCGGAGCCGGGCCGGCCCCCGGAGCGCGGGGGAGCCUUGGCGGCGGUGGCGGCGGAGUUCGUCGGCACCUUCCUGCUAGCCUUCACCGCGACGCUCGGGGCCCUGUUCGGCGCGCCGGGAGAGGCGGCACGGGAGCCCCGGACGGGCGUGCACACAGAGAUCCAGAGGACUGAGCAUGUCUACUCCACGGUGGCCAGCGUCAAGUCGGGCCUGUCCCACUGCAGGAGGAAUAUUCCGAAAAUAGUUAUAAAAAACUAG